AAGCUCCAAGAUGUGAUGCAUGAUGUUCCCGGUGCUGGUUGGUCUGAGCUCGAGGGGUUGUCAGGUUACUCGACAUGAAAUCUCCUCUGCUUGAAAGCCAUCACCCAUGCUGGCUGAGUGGGUAGCUGUGAUCUAAAGCACGCAGUGAUUUGAACCGCUCAUCCUAAGACCUCGACGAAGAGCUGCAUCCCACACGUGAGCCAGCGGGAUUCGGUACAUUAAGGUGUUUGGUUGGAUGCAGUCCCCGGCCACCCUGGUAAGCCCAAAUCCUAGAAGAGCUCCAGUUGCAGGUCAGCAUCUAGGCCGUCGAGAGCUAUGACGGUGAACAUGAGGUCAACAGUGACUCCGCCCCGCGUCUUGAGAGCCGUCCGUUGCUCGGGGUUCGAGUCAUUGGUGGCCCCCCUUUUUCGAAGUUCCACACAGUGUUGUCUAUCCAUAAAGUACUCCAUUUUUUGUAGAGUAUGGGUCUCCAGUAGGUUGGGGGUCCCUCCAGAGGUCGGUUGUGGGGUGAACACACCCGAUGCAGCGAUCGCCCACGGUAUCGCAAGUGAGCAUCCAGACCAGAAACGUUCCAACUGUCGCUGGACUCAGCAGUCCCAGGCUACGGCAUACAGGAAGAGAGGGCUCAUUAACCUCACAGAGGCAGCAAAGAAAAGGGACCCAUGCACACAUGGCAUGCAUGCAUAUGUAUAUCAGAUGGACAAGUCCAAACAACCAGCACAAUUGACUACUUGUACUUGUUGCCCAGCGAGACCGGUGUGGCGAGCGCAUGAAAUGGCGUCGAGCCCCCAAGCCCCUCACAUACUCCCAUAACAUGGAUACUGCACUUCGUUAGUGUACGAACGUAUGUAAGCCCGUGACGUUGACGCGCGGGCGCUUCAGUCUGUCUGCAUGCCAACUAGCGCCGAAGAGGAAUGAGUGGGUGGGUGUGGUUUUGACAGUCUGCCACAG